ACGUGAAUGCGUGUGCACUGGCGGAUUAAUUCAUGUAGCGUGUGCUACGGCUGCUCCUUGUCACUCAUUCAGUGAGCCGCUUUUUAGGUGCGUUCCCUGUAACGACGAAGGACCAAUUCUUACUCACUUUACAAUAAUCGGAGGAUAGCAAGAAAACACUGCAUUAGUCCUGAAAACAGCAGCGGUCGCUCACCCAAAUCCCUCUACCCAUUUCUCACGGAGAGAGAUUGCAAUGCUUCAAACAAGGGAUCUCAUCUGGACAUUGCUUUUCUUUAGUUAUGCAGUCUCCCUGCAGGUGGAGAUCACACCACCCCACGGAGAGAUCAGUGUUGGAGAAUCCAAAUUCUUUCUUUGUGAAGUGGUGGGUAGUGUUAAGGACAUAGACUGGUUCGCUCCCAGCGGCGAGAAGCUGCUCCCCAACCGGCAGGACAUCAGUGUGAGCCGCAACGAUGAGACCUCGUCCACUCUCACCAUCUACAGCGCCACCGUGGACAACGCCGGCAUCUACAAGUGCGUGGCCCGCGAGGGAGACAUGGAGAGUGAAGCCACAGUCAACGUGAAGAUCUACCAAAAGCUCACUAUCCAGAAUGCCCCUUCCCCUCAAGAGUUCAACGAGGGAGAUGAUGCAGAGAUUGUCUGUGAUGUCAUCAGCUCACCACCACCCACUAUCAUCUGGAAAUACCGGAGGGCCCCAAUUCAGCUAGAGAAAGAUGUGCGCUUCAAGGUGCUCGGCAGCAACCACCUGCAGAUCCGUGGCAUUAAGAAGACAGACGAGGGCGAGUACACAUGCGAGGGACGCAACAGGGCCCGAGGAGAGAUCGACUUCCGGUUCAUCAAGGUCAUCGUCAACGUACUGCCUAGCAUCCGGACCCGUUACGCUGAGCUCAAUGCCACUGCUGAUAUCGGGCACGCCGUGAUGCUGGCAUGCUACGCGGAUGGCUACCCAGAGCCCAUGGUCACGUGGGCACGUAAUAAUGUGGUGCUGGAGGCCGAGGAAAAGUACAGUCUGAACGAGGACGGCUCCGAACUGACCAUCAAAGACGUGAAGAAAGUGGAUGAAGGAGAUUACAUCUGCAUCGCUCGCAACAAAGCUGGCGAGAAGCAGGAGGAGAUCAGCCUGAACGUGUUCGUACAACCCAAGAUCACGUUCUUGGAGAACCAAACAGCAUCAGAGCUGGAGGAGCAGAUCACGCUGACCUGCGAGGCUACGGGUGACCCCACCCCCAGCAUCGUGUGGAGCUUCGGCCGACGGGUCUUCAGCGAGGGAGAACAGGCAUCUUGGACUCGCCCUGAGAAACACAAGAGUCUGGACGGUAACGUUGUGGUACGCAGCGAUGCUCGUGUGUCCUCGCUCACGCUGAAAUACGUGCAGUUCACCGAUGCUGGCCAGUACCUCUGCACCGCCCGCAACUCCAUCGGCCAGGACAUCCAAAGCAUGUAUCUGGAAGUGCGCUAUGCACCGAAGAUCCAGGGGUCCGUGGCCGUGUACACGUGGGAGAGUAACCCCGCCAACAUCACUUGCCAGGUGCUGGCUCACCCCGGCGCCUCCGUGCUGUGGUUCCGCGAUGGCCAGCAGUUGCCUGGUGUGAACACCACCAACUUGAAGAUCUACAACACCGUGACCAACAGCUACCUGGAGGUCACCCCAGAAUCUCAGAGUGACUUUGGGAGCUACAACUGCACGGCUUCCAACUUGAUGGGCUCCGAGUCUAAGGAGUUCCUCCUGAUCCAAGCAGAGGUGCCAUCGGCUCCCAUAAUUGAGCAGGUGCUCCCGUACCCCAGCACGGCACAGGUGGAGUUUCACGAGCCAGACUCCAGUGGUGGAGUGCCUAUCCUCAAGUACAAGGCCGAGUGGAAGGUGGCAGGGCAGGAGUGGAUUAGCAAGGAGUACGACGUACAUGAUGGUCUCAGCAUGAUCACCAUUGUUGGCCUCAAGCCAGAGACCAAAUAUGAGGUCAAAAUGUCUGCCAUCAACGGCAAAGGUGAAGGAGACAGCAGUCCCCCUGAGACCUUUAAAACACAGCCUGUCAUUUCUUCAGAGACUGCAACCCCCAACCCUCCAACCAAUGCAGCUCUUAAAGGAGAGCCCAACCCUCCCAAACUGGAGGCCAAACUCCAGUCCACAGGCAACGAACUGAAGGUCAACUGGAUCAAGCAGGACGACGGGGGCUCACCCAUCAAACACUACCUAGUGCGCUUCAGGCCGAAGCACCACUCAGAUUGGAAGCCUGAGAUCCGACUCCCUAACGUCAGUGAGUAUGUGGUGCUGCGAGGUUUGGACUGGAACACGGAGUACGAGGUCUACGUAGUGGCCGAGAACCAGCAGGGCCGGUCCGAGCCUGGUAUCCUCUCCUUCAGGACCUCUCCAGAGCCCACCGCCAUUCCAGACACCGCUGGUGGCGGCACCGGCCUGGGCACAGGAGCCAUCGUGGGCAUCCUUAUCGUGGUCUUCCUCCUGUUGCUCUUCAGCGUGGACAUCACCUGCUACUUCCUCAACAAGUGUGGCCUUCUCAUGUGCAUCGCCGUCAACGUCUGCGGCAAGUCCGGGCCAGCCGCCAAGGGCAAGGACAUCGAAGAGGGCAAGGCGGCCUUCACGAAGGACGACUCAAAGGAGCCCAUAGUGGAGGUAAGGACGGAAGAGGAGUGCACCCCCAACCACGAAGGAGGAGGCCCCACCGAGCCCAACGAGACAACCCCGCUCACUGAUCCAGAGCAUGCCGCUGACACCAGUGCCACAGUAGUGGACUUGCUCCCCUCUUUAGCCACUAACUCUGAGCCGGUCACUGACAGCCCUGCUAGCGAGAGCACCACCCUCACAUCCAGCACAGAGCCCAAAGCCGCCCCGCAGCCUAGUACCCCCAAAGCCAUCACAACGCCGCCUACUGCCCCUGCCGACUCUGCUGCCGAGGCACCGCUGGUGGACCUGAGCGACGCGCCCUGCACCCAGAGCGCUAAGCCCUCAGACGCCCCCAAAAAGGGGCCCUCGUCUGACACCAAAGCCGACUCGGCUAAGCCCACCACGGGCACGUCUGUUCAGAGCCCCGCGCCCGUCCAGAGUGGCACCUCCUCGGCUACGGAAUCCCAGGUAGACAGAGGUGCCCUGCAGUCGUCGGACGCUGGUCCGGCCAGGGACGCGUUUGACGCGCUGUGCACACCCUCCUCCGACUCCACCGGCGCUCCACCUGCACCCAGCCAGGACGAUGGUAAGACUGUCAUAGAUGAGAAGAGUAAAGGGGGAGAGACUGAGGUGAAGGAAUCUGUGGUAGACGUGAAGACGGUCCCCAACGAAGCCCCGCAGACGAACGACAACGAGAGCAAGGCAUGAGUCACCGCUACACCCAAACCUGCAUCUCACUUCUAAAGGGUUUCCGUUCUUCAGUGUCUCCUCUGAGUUUGCCGAACAAAAGAUGAGUUUGUAGAUGUAUAGAACGCCUAAAGAACUCGUGCACAUGCCUGGGUUUUUGGUUUGGUUUUUUUUGUUUUGUUUUGUUGUCAUACAGUUUCACUCACUCCGUGUCUCUGUGUCACAUACAGAGUGAAGGAGCCUGCCUUUAUUUUUAGCGCCCUCUAGCUGACCUCCUCUGUAAGUCUCCGUCACGACUUUCACUUGGGACAGAACCUUAAUAUUAGUGGAAAUAGUUAGCAAUGGGAAACUCUAGCUUUACUCCUCGAUAAUGCCUUUACGUUGUGCACUCGUACACGCACACCUCAUCCACAAACCCAUACACAAACCCAUACAUAUGUGUAGACCAUGUCUUUACCUUUGCUCCUUCAGUUAUGUAAUGUUUUAUUACAUGCAGUAUUGCUGUACUUCAUUAUUUUUCAAUAUGUAUGAAUUUUGGGAGAACGUUUUUUUUAACAUGUGUUUUAAAUAAUGUACAAAAGUAACUGCCUUUUAUUUUAUGUCAAUUUUUUCAUUGUUUAUUUUUGAGGGCUAGAAAUAGAUUGUUCGCAUGCUUGCUACUCAUGUCUUUCCCAUAAUACCCUUGGUUAUUGUGUUCAUUAUGGCCCUUGGUGUUUGCUUCUUUUACGUUGAUAUUUCCCUCAUGAACACAGAGCUUUCCCAUUCCUGCUCUGCACAACAACAUGAAUGACGUCACGGCUACGUAAGGCGUGCCGCUCAACCAUUCAGCCCCAAGCUGGUGGCUUCUUACUGGAUAAUUGAGAAACAGUGCCUCCAAUGGGCAACUGCAGUAACCAAGUCUCAUUUAAAGUCUCAUUUCCUUUGCUAAUGCAAAGGAAAGAAAAAGAUGGUCAGGUUUGUUUUUUUUUUUUAAUUAAUGCAUUAACAAAUUAAUGGCCAAAUUUAUAUAUAUUUUUUAUUUAAGCCAUAGUACUCCAGUGAGGAAAAUGAAGGGUCCAAAAUGUUCCACUUGAUCUUUGAUUUGUACAGUGUCUUUCAUUCUUUAGGCUGUGAGCUUGUGUGCUGUGAGUGCGUGAAUAUCCUAGUGUGAAUACAAUGUGUACUUUGUCAUAGACUUGAAACAAAUAUCCAUAGGUUGUGAAAGGUGUAGCUAUUAGUUCAAAUAAUGUUCCAUCUUGGUAAGAUAAAAUUAAGAAAAAAAUUAAAAUGAUAAAAACAAUAAUAACAGCAAUGAUACAGAUGUGUACAAUGUGGGCUGGGGAAAAAAAAAAGAACCUCAAAGAUACAAGGGAGAAGGUGCCUUCAACUUAAACAGCCUCUCUAAAGCAGGCCUGCAGUCUGAAUGGAUUAGUGUCUGUCUGUAACACUGGGGGAGCAGCAGUGGUUCGAGAUUAGAGUCCCAUUCUUGCCUUUGGAGGUCUAGCGAGAGGACAUGUGGUAUGGUUGAGGUCUGCAAACUGUGAAAAUAGCUUCUUUUUUAAGUGAAGUUCCAGGGUCUGAGAGAGCAGAUGUGUGUGGUCACUUGUACCCACAAAAUCGAGACUUUUUUGCCACUUGUCUCUUUGCACUGAUGCAAAAUGAGAUUCACCCUUCAAUUUCAGUGUCUCACUCCCCAUGACUGGAUCCCCUUCCAUCAUAAGAGAUGCCGCUUGUAAGCUACACUUCACCUGGACUGGCCAAGCUACCCAACACCCCCCCCCCCCCCCCUGCAUCAUUAGCAUUGCAGUGGGGCCAAUCUAAAACAUGACCCUAUCAAGAACAACAAUUUUUAAGUCUGAAACGAGCAUGCAAUGUAUUUUAAACUAGAUGUAAUUGGUGUCACGUUUUGCCAGUAAAUUGUUAAAUGAACAACAGUGACAAAGGCUUUGUUUGUUGUAUAUGGAUCUCUGAGUGUUCUGUCAAAUGUGUUCGGUUCAUAUUGUCACUUCAGUUUAGUUUUGUUUUGUUUUCUUCUUUUACAUGAACGGCAUUAAGGGUUUUUUUUUUUCAGUGGGUUUACUCUAGAAAUUUGAAGAUUCACUAUAAAGGAAUGUGGUUUAUGAUGAGAUGACAAACAGAGGCUUGUCCUAAAGCUCGCUGCCCAAAGGUAUACAAAGCAUUCCUUGCGAUGUCAUAAAAAUCCUAUCACAGGUUUUUCUCAUCGGAAAUUCUAAAGGAAAAGAGCACUGGAGUCCGCUAUGGCUUUUGACACAUCCGAUCAGCUGCCAUCCGUCAUGGGACCAAAAUUCGAAGUGAGUUUACAUGCAAGGGGGGUGACUUAGCACCCUCACUGCUAUUCCAGCAUUUUAGGGAUUAAAAAAAAAAAAAAGUUUCAACAUCAAAUACGAAGAAAGAUUCUUAUGACAGCUCAUCCUCUGAGCCAAACAAACAAGUGUGUAGCUAAGGCUCUCGUUUGGAGGGGAGCUGACUCACCCAGCCAUCCAUCACAGCUCCCCUGCAAAUCCCUUCCUCUCCACAUCCAUCCAUUAAUCUGCCAUCAGAUACAGGGGCUUUCUCACUCUUGUAUAAAAAUUUUUACAAAGUCAAGCAAUGGCACCAUCUCCCUCCUCUCUGUCACUGGUGUACAUACUAACUGAAAAACAUUUUGACAUUCUGUCAGAAAUUCUUGUGUUCAAUAAAAUGGGAAACAAUG